ACUGCUACAGAUGGAGCACAACUUUGACAUUAUGAACCAUGCAUGUCGAGCCUUGACAUAUAUGAUGGAAGCACUUCCCAGAUCAUCUGCUGUAGUGGUAGAUGCAAUUCCUGUCUUCUUGGAAAAGUUGCAAGUUAUUCAGUGCAUUGAUGUGGCAGAGCAGGCGCUUACAGCUCUGGAGAUGCUAUCACGCAGGCAUAGUAAAGCCAUUCUGCAGGCAGGUGGGUUGGCAGACUGUUUGCUGUAUCUGGAAUUCUUCAGUAUAAAUGCACAGAGGAAUGCUCUAGCUAUUGCUGCCAACUGCUGCCAGAGUAUAACACCUGAUGAGUUUCACUUUGUGGCAGACUCUUUGCCACUGCUUACACAGAGGUUAACCCAUCAGGACAAAAAGUCUGUUGAAAGCACUUGCCUCUGUUUUGCACGGCUUGUGGACAACUUCCAGCAUGAGGAGAACUUGCUCCAGCAGGUUGCUUCCAAGGACUUGUUGACAAAUAUCCAGCAGCUAUUGGUAGUGACGCCUCCUAUCCUGAGCUCAGGAAUGUUCAUCAUGGUGGUGCGCAUGUUUUCCUUAAUGUGCUCCAACUGUCCUACACUUGCAGUCCAACUGAUGAAGCAAAAUAUUGCAGAAACACUUCAUUUCCUCCUUUGUGGAGCUUCAAAUGGGAGUUGCCAAGAACAAAUUGACCUUGUUCCACGAAGUCCUCAAGAACUUUAUGAGCUUACUUCUCUUAUCUGUGAACUGAUGCCUUGCCUGCCAAAAGAGGGAAUCUUUGCUGUUGAUACUAUGCUAAAGAAAGGAAAUGCGCAAAAUACAGAUGGUGCAAUAUGGCAGUGGCGAGAUGACAGAGGUCUCUGGCAUCCCUAUAACAGGAUUGAUAGUCGAAUAAUAGAGGCAGCUCAUCAGAUUGGUGAGGAUGAGAUAAGCCUGUCUACACUUGGGCGUGUUUAUACUAUUGAUUUUAACUCUAUGCAGCAAAUAAAUGAGGAUACCGGAACAGCACGUGCAAUUCAGCGAAAACCAAACCCUUUAGCCAAUACAAACACUAGUGGACAUUCAGAAUUGAAGAAGGAUGAUGCUCGAGCACAGCUAAUGAAAGAGGACCCAGAACUAGCAAAAUCCUUUAUUAAAACAUUGUUUGGUGUUCUUUAUGAAGUAUAUAGUUCUUCAGCUGGACCUGCUGUUAGACACAAGUGCCUUAGAGCAAUUCUUAGGAUAAUUUAUUUUGCUGAUGCUGAACUUCUAAAGGAUGUGCUGAAAAACCAUGCUGUUUCAAGUCAUAUUGCCUCCAUGCUCUCAAGUCAAGACCUUAAGAUAGUAGUUGGAGCCCUGCAGAUGGCAGAGAUUUUAAUGCAAAAGUUACCUGACAUAUUUAGUGUUUACUUCAGAAGAGAAGGGGUGAUGCACCAAGUGAAAAACCUGGCAGAGUCUGAAGCUUUGCUAACAAGCCCACCAAAAGUAUGCACUAAUGGAUCAGGAAUGCUGGGUACCACUACAACAAUAAGUACUGGAACAGCCACCGCUGCCAGUAAUGCAGCUGCAGAUUUGGGCUCUCCCAGCUUACAGCACAGCCGUGAGGAUUCUUUGGACCUGAGCCCACAGGGACGACUGAGUGAUGUUCUAAAGAGAAAAAGACUGCCAAAACGAGGGCCAAGGAGACCAAAAUACUCUCCUCCAAGAGAUGAUGACAAAGUAGACAAUCAAGCUAAAAGCCCUACAACUACUCAAUCUCCUAAAUCUUCCUUCCUGGCAAGCUUAAAUCCUAAAACAUGGGGAAGGUUAAGCACACAGUCCAACAGUAAUAAUAUUGAACCAGCACGAACAGCAGGAGUAAGUGGUCUUGCAAGGGCUGCUUCCAAGGAUACCAUUUCCAAUAACAGAGAAAAAAUUAAGGGCUGGAUUAAGGAGCAAGCCCAUAAAUUUGUAGAGUGUUACUUUAGUUCUGAAAACAUGGAUGGAAGCAAUCCUGCACUAAACGUAUUACAGAGACUUUGCACUGCAACUGAACAACUCAACCUCCAGGUGGAUGGUGGAACAGAGUGCCUUGUAGAAAUCCGUAGCAUUGUCUCGGAGUCUGACGUCUCCUCAUUUGAAAUCCAGCAUAGUGGGUUUGUUAAACAACUGCUGCUUUAUUUGACAUCUAAAAGUGACAAAGAUGCUGUAAGCAGGGAUAUCAGAUUGAAAAGAUUUCUUCAUGUUUUUUUUUCUUCUCCACUUCCUGGAGAAGAACCCCUUGGAAGAUUAGAGCCAUUAGAAAAUGCACCUUUGUUGGCAUUAGUCCAUAAAAUGAACAAUUGCCUCAGUCAGAUGGAACAGUUUCCUGUCAAAGUGCAUGACUUCCCUAGUGGAAAUGGAACAGGGAGCAGAGGAUCCCAAGCUUUAAAAUUCUUCAAUACACACCAGUUAAAAUGCCAACUGCAAAGACAUCCAGAUUGUGCUAAUGUGAAACAGUGGAAAGGUGGACCUGUGAAGAUUGAUCCAUUGGCUUUGGUACAAGCCAUUGAAAGAUACCUUGUAGUUAGAGGCUAUGGAAGAGUUAGAGAAGAUGAUGAGGAUAGUGAUGAUGAUGGGUCAGAUGAAGAAAUAGAUGAAUCUUUGGCUGCUCAAUUCUUAAAUUCAGGUAAUGUGAGGCAUAGACUGCAAUUUUACAUUGGAGAUCACUCGCUGCCGUACAAUAUGACUGUGUAUCAAGCAGUUAGGCAGUACAGUUUACAAGCUGAGGAGGAGAGGGAGUCUACAGAUGAUGAAAGCAACCCAUUAGGAAGAGCUGGGAUCUGGACGAAAACGCAUACCAUUUGGUACAAACCUGUGCGAGAAGAUGAAGAUGGUAAUAAGGACUGUGUGGGUGGUAAAAGAGGAAGAGCACAAACUGCUCCCACGAAAACCUCCCCUAGGAAUUCUAAAAAGCAUGAUGAGUUGUGGCAUGAUGGUGUAUGCCCUUCGGUAUUAAAUCCUCUAGAAGUUUACCUCAUAUCUACUCCACCUGAAAGCAUAACAUUUGAAGAUCCUUCAUUAGAUGUUAUUCUUCUUCUGAGAGUUUUACAUGCUAUCAGUCGAUACUGGUAUUACUUGUAUGAUAAUGCAAUCUGCAAGGAGAUAAUUCCAACCUCAGAGUUUAUCAACAGUAAACUGACAGCAAAAGCGAACAGGCAGCUUCAAGAUCCUUUGGUAAUUAUGACAGGAAACAUACCAACUUGGCUGACAGAACUUGGAAAAACAUGCCCAUUUUUCUUUCCAUUUGAUACCCGUCAAAUGCUGUUUUAUGUAACUGCUUUUGAUCGUGAUCGAGCCAUGCAAAGACUACUGGAUACUAAUCCAGAAAUCAAUCAGUCAGAUUCUCAGGAUAGCAGAGUGGCACCACGUCUGGACAGGAAAAAACGCACUGUGAACAGAGAUGAGCUGUUGAAACAGGCAGAAUCUGUGAUGCAGGAUCUAGGCAGUUCAAGAGCCAUGUUGGAAAUCCAGUAUGAGAAUGAAGUUGGCACAGGCCUAGGCCCCACAUUAGAGUUCUAUGCACUUGUAUCUCAGGAACUACAGAGAGCAGACUUGGGCCUUUGGAGGGGAGAAGAAGUGACGUUAGCCAAUCCAAAAGGAAGCCAGGAAGGUACCAAGUACAUCCAUAACCUUCAAGGCCUUUUUGCACUUCCUUUUGGUAGAACAGCCAAGCCAGCUCACAUUGCAAAAGUAAAAAUGAAGUUCCGCUUUCUGGGAAAACUAAUGGCCAAGGCAAUCAUGGAUUUUAGACUGGUGGACCUUCCUCUUGGACUACCUUUUUAUAAAUGGAUGUUACGACAGGAAACUUCCUUGACAUCGCAUGACUUGUUCAGUAUUGAUCCAGUAGUAGCCAAAUCAAUAUAUCACCUUGAAGAUAUUGUAAGACAAAAGAAAAGACUUGAACAGGACAAAACACAGACCAAAGAAAGUCUACAGUAUGCAUUGGAGGCUCUGACUAUGAAUGGCUGCUCAGUGGAAGAUCUAGGGCUGGACUUCACACUUCCUGGAUUUCCUAAUAUAGAACUGAAAAAAGGAGGAAAAGAUACACCAGUCACCAUUCACAAUUUAGAGGAGUAUCUCAGAUUGGUUAUAUUCUGGGCACUAAAUGAAGGUGUUGCCAGACAGUUUGACUCAUUCAGAGAUGGAUUUGAAUCAGUCUUCCCUCUCAGUCAUCUUCAGUACUUCUAUCCCGAGGAG